CGACCAAUGCAGCAAAUGUGACCAACAAUGAUUCCCGCAGCAACAAUCACAGGAAUUCAGUUUUUCACAAUAUGUAUCCCUCAAGUGGGAGAAUAAGACCACCAGGCCAUCCUCCACCUGCAUCUGGUUAUGGCACCAGGUACUUCCAUAAUGGUCUUCCAGACCUCAUCCCUGACCCUUAUUACAUUCAAGCAGCAUCUUAUAUCCAGCGUGUGCAGAUGUAUGCACUGAGAUGUGCAGCUGAGGAGAACUGUCUCUCUCGGUCUGCCUAUAGUCCAAGUGUCAGAGACCUUGACUACAGAGUACUACUUCGAUUCCCUCAGAGAGUCAAGAAUCAAGGAACUGCUGACUUCUUGCCAGUAAAACCAAGACAUGAGUGGGAGUGGCAUAGUUGCCAUCAGCACUACCACAGCAUGGAGGCUUUCAGUAAUUACGACCUGUUGGAAAUCUCCACUGAGAGAAAAGUGGCUGAGGGACACAAGGCAAGUUUCUGUCUUGAGGACACUAGCUGUGAUCCCGGUGUAAGGCGACGCUACGCUUGCACAGUUCACACACAGGGAUUGGGCCCUGGUUGCUAUGAUACAUAUCAUGCCAACAUUGAUUGUCAGUGGAUUGACAUCACUGAUGUGCCUCCAGGAAAUUACAUUCUGAAGGUCACAGUGAACCCUUCACGACAGGUGGAGGAGUCUGAUUUCUCCAACAAUGUUGUCAGGUGUGACGUCAGAUACACAGGCCCGCAUGUACACAUGCGCAACUGCAGAAUAACUGUAGACUAACUUCUUCAAGAGGAGAAAUCAAGUUCUAAGGAUUUCUAUUUAUUUGAGCACAGUACAAAAUAACAGUUUUUCCUUUAAUACUGAUGCAAUUGUGUGCAGUUCAGUCAGUAGUAAUUGAGUAACUGAGAUGUGAAAGAGGUAAGCCAUUAACUACAUGCAUAACAAUAAUAACAUAGUGUAAUCAACAAUGUGUCCACAUCAAUAUCAAGCUUUGAGCUUUAAGGAUGAUUAUUUCGGAUGUCCUUUUCAUCAGCUAGCUCAUAUAUUCCACACAUAUCGCUUUAAUGCCACACCUUUCAAUUCAAUGCA